AUGGCGAAGCCCAACGGGGAAAAUGAAAAUGAAAAUGAGAAUGAAAACGAAAACGAAAUGGACACUUCUCCAUUACUACAGCAAGAUGUUGUCGGGCUGAGUUAUCCCGUCUCGGUUCCUCGCGCGACAACUGCCCAACGAUCCGAUGGCCACCGCCAGCCUUUUGCUAGCAAUGAGAUGGUCGAAUUGCGCCCGGAACAGCCGGCAUCAGUUCUGGAUCAGUCGGCGUUCAGAACGCCCCCGACCCGAGCACGCCGGAGCAGUAGUCUGAGUGUAUCUCGAGACCUGGUUGAUGCCGGUGAUGCUGCUGCGUCACCGAGCCAACCACUGAGUCCCUCGAGACCAGACAUGCAAGACUCGCCGCGUCUCGAAGAUAGGCGUCUAGUCCCCCGCUUGUCACAGAGAUUAAGCAUGAGAAGACCCGCUCCAGUCCGGUCGCAAACUAAACGAGACCUGAGGCACUCCAAUUCGCUUCUGGCGGCGGCGAGCCCUUCCAACAUCCGGUCCCAUAUCUGGCCAUCGAAGAAUAGACCCCCCUCAAACUCGCAAGAGCUUGCAAACUUGAAAGAGGAGGAUCUGAUUACCGUUGAUAUUUCAUUUUUGGAAGGGCCCGAGUCCAGUCAUCAUAAGGAGGCGGAGUCAAGUUCUAUGCCAGAUGCCGAAUCAAGUAGACCCCCCAAGAAUGACGAAUUCUUGGAUGUGGCGGCGGUGCCAGAUGUUCCAGACUGUCCUCCUGAGGAACAAGUCGAGCAGACCAUGCGAACGUACGGACAACAGCUCGCUGAUAAGAACAACGUGAUUGUCUCUGUCAAGGAGGCCGCCCCGGCUGUCGACUUGAGUAGCCUGGAAGGAUCGGAGCGCCGCCAACUGUCUAGAGCUGCCCCGCUUACUGCUUACAAUGGGGGAGCAGAUGAAAUUAGCUUCUUCUACCCAGCAGAUCCGGAGAAACCGAAUUGGAAGCCAUUCUCUAUGGCGGCUCCAUACUUGAUCAUGCUCGCUGUCGUGUCUCUCGGCCUGGCCGGAGUCCAGGAGUAUCUCUACCAGCAAUCGAGUUCUCUGGAAUCACAAGGGAAGGGCUUGAUACAGUUUGAUACAGUAUCCGAUAUACCGACCUCGGAAUUUUUCGCAUGGAAGUACCUCUCGACUAUGGUGAUGGUUACAUACGGUGUUCUGUGGCAGAUUACAGAGUACAAUGUGAAAAGACUUGAGCCUUACUAUCAGCUGUCACAGCCUACAGGUAAUAUCGCCUCCAAGUCACUUAAUCUGGACUACACGACCCUAUUCUCUUACUUUGUCCCUUACAAAUCCUUCAGAAACCGCCAUUGGACAGUUUUGGUCGUAUCAGUUGGAACGAUACUGGCAACAACGGCAGCACCAUCAAUGCAAAAUGCCUCCAUCACGCCUAUUGACAAUCCCAGCUGUCACCCUAGUGAAUGCUCUUCACUCGGCCUAUCCACGCACAUCGUGCACAUCGUGUCGGUUUGGUCUCGCUUGGUGACAUCUUGCCUUAUCCUGGUAGCCAUCAUGGCAUUGGUGCUGCUUUUCCAGCUGCGCCGAAAGUCAGGUCUACUUAGCGAUCCUAAGGGAAUCGCCGGAAUUGCAUCCAUGGCGACUAAAUCUCAUAUUUUGAACGACUUUCAAGGCAUGGACACAGCCACAGAUAACGGCAUUCACAAAAAGCUGCGUCAUCGACGAUACGUCCUGUACAAAUCGAGUAUCUGGCAAGGUGAAUAUAUCAAAUACACAGAAGACAUUUCUAGCCAAAACGAACAGCAGGAGCAUCGCCGAAAGAAGAAAGUCUCUCCGCAUCCGAUUGCACUACAUAAGGGACCGGGCAUUGCGUUUCUGGUUUACUUGACCUUUCUCGUCGCCUUUAUCCCCAUUCUUACCUAUACCAAUGCCAAUGUUGUGGCAGAGAAGCUUCCCUGGCUGCCCGUCUUGCUUGCUGUUAUUGCGAAGCAACUGUGGACCGCGCUGGAGUGUGCCAUCAAGUUGCUGGAGCCGUUCUAUGCGCUAUCCCAAGGCAAUGCUCGCCCAGAAAGCACCUUGACCCUCGACUACCAGGGCACGCCAUACGGAGUGCUACCCUUCCAAGCCAUUCUGGACAAGCAUUAUCUCGUCUCACUCAUGGGUAUCGGCUCUAUCCUCAGCGACGUGCUGACAGUCACAUCGGCAUCACUUUCACUCCGAGACGAGACGGAAAAGUCGUUUAUGGCAUCAUCCUCGCUGUCGACCGUAAUUGUGUUCUUCCUUCUUUGCGCUGCAAUCAUGGCCCUGCUUUGUCGUCGACAUUAUUUUGUCCCCCGGCCGCCGUCAACAAUUGCCUCGAUUCUCGCCUUCAUUCACCAGUCGCACAUGCUCGAUGACUUUGUAAAUACGGAGCGCUUUAGUAGCGACCAGAUGCGGUCCAUGCUGGUUGCGAAGAAUAAGCGCUACGGCCUUGGCUGGUUCCGCGGUCGCGAUGGUAAACUGCACUGCGGUGUUGAUCAAGAGCCCAUGCUGAGUAAAUAUGUGCAUGGCAUUAGUUAUAAGGAUGCCCAAGCGGCCCCAUGGGAGGAGAGCUUGGGGUUCUAG